ACCCACAGGGGGGGUGGGGGCAGCCAUGGCCUGGUCCCCGUGCCCGUGGGUGGCCCUGGUGGCCCUGGUGGUGGCCCCGGUGGCCCUCGUGGGGGGUUUGGGUGCAGGGACCCCCCCCACGAUUAUCUCGGUGGAAAACGGGGGGCCGUGGGGGGAGUGGGGGGAGCCCGAGUUCUGCUCCAAGGGCUCCCACGCCACCGGCUUCCAGCUGAAGGUUGACCCCUACAAGGGGUUUUUUGGGGACGACACGGCCCUGAACGGGAUCCGGCUGCUCUGCUCCGACGGGGGGGGCCCCACGUCCGCCGAGGGGCCGCGCGGUACCUGGUCUGCGCCCCAGAGCUGCGGCCCCGCCCAGCGCCUGGUGUCCUUCCGGCUGCGCGUGGAGGCCCCGCGGGGCCCGUGGGACGACACGGCCGCCAACAACCUGGCCGUGACCUGCCGGGACGGGCAGGUGCUGGAGGGGCAGGGGGCCUCGGCGGGGGCCUGGGGCAACUGGAGCCUGCCCUGCCCCCCCGGCGAGGGGGUGUGCGGGCUGCGCACCCGCGUGGAGCCCCCCCAGCGCCACGGGGACAGCACCGCCCUCAACAGCGUCGACUUCUUCUGCUGCCCCUGAGGCACCCGCGGGACCCCCAGAGCCCCCCCCCGACCCCCAUGUCCUCUCUUGUCCCCCCAGUGUCCCCCCAAAUCCUCCUUGGCUCCCAGGACCCCCAUAGCCCCCCCCAUGUCCUCCCCUUGGCUCCCAGAACCCCGCCUGUGUCCCCCCAAAUCCUCCCUUGGCUCCCAGGACCUCCAUGGACCCCCAAAUCCUCCCUUGACCCCCAGGACCCCCAAUUUCCCCCCAAUAUCCCCCCACAUCUCCCAUUGACCCCCCCAACCGCCAAUGUCCCCCCAAAUCCUACCUUGACCCUCCCCAACCCCCCCAUCCUCCCUUGACCCCCAGGACCCCCAUAGACCCCCCGUGUCCUCCCUCGACCCCCUCUAGCCCCCAAUUUCCCCCAAU